GUAUCAAUCAUGAAGUUUGCUACACUCACCCUUGUCGGCUUGGCUGCGGCCUCCAUGGAGCGUCUCAUGGAGCUCAAGCAGGCUACUCGUGCUCGCGAACGAGCACAGGGCAUGUUCAACCGCGGCAAGUUUUCAAAAAUCAACCAGUACAAGCCUUGUCAGGGAGGUAAGGCUGGCGAGUUCUCUUGCAAGGGCAUCUCACAGUUUGGCUUCCUUAGUCACGAGGACCUGGGCUCUACUUCACUCGAGGGUAACGAUAUUUGGGGUUGGACUGACCCCAAGUCUGGCCGUGAGUUUGGCUGCGUUGGUGAGACUGACGGCGUUGCCUUUGUCGAGGUGACCAAGCAGGGACGCCUCGAGUUCCUUGGGCGGUUGCCCUCUGCCAACAACGUCACGUCCAUCUGGCGAGACAUGAAGGAGAUCGAUGGCUACAUGUACAUUGGUGCCGAUAGCUCACCUCGUCACGGUGUGCAAGUCUUCGACAUGAGGAAGCUUCUCAAGGCAAAGCCUCAGAAGCCUCAGGUCUACUCCGAGGAAGACCUCACCGACCGCUACACUGGCUUUGGUUCAUCUCACAACCUCGUUGCCCACGCUGCCACCAACUACAUCUACGCCGUUGGUACUGCUCGCAACACGACACGUCGUCUUCCAACGGCGCCCAACUACGAGGCACCUAACCAGUGCAACGGAGGUUUAUGGAUGCUUGAUGUGUCGGACCCAAGCAACGUCAAGUCGCCUGGCUGCUACUUUGGCGAUGGCUACACACACGAUGCUCAGGUCGUCAUCUACACUGGCCCAGAUGCUCGUUACACAGGCCGCGAGAUUGCAUUUGCCUACAACGAGGACUCUUUGACCAUUGUCGAUGUCACCGACAAGCAGGCUCCUGUUCUUGUUGGCAAAAAGUCUUACCAGGGUGUUGCCUACUCUCACCAGGGCUGGCUCAUUGAUGAUAAGAUGGAGUACCUCUUGCUCGAUGACGAGCUUGACGAAGUGGACGGUACUCAGGUUCCUUCACCGAACGGCCGCACCACUACGUACAUCUUCGACAUCAAGGAUCUCACGAACCCCAUCAACACUGGUUUCUUCCAGUCGCCAGCCCUUGCCAUUGACCACAACCAGUACGUUGUCGACGGUCUCUCGUACCAAGCCAACUAUGGCAGUGGUCUCCGCAUCAAGGACGUUCGAAGCAUUGCCACUGAUCCUACUGGCGCUGGCGUCACCGAGGUUGCAUUCUUUGAUACGCACCCAGAGGACGAUGCCACCAACGGCUCUGUUGAGUUUGUUGGAUCUUGGUCCAGCUACCCAUACUUCAAGUCUGGCUACAUUUUGGUCAACGACAUCGAACGCGGUGCGUUUUCUCUGAAGCGUACAUGA